UUGACAAGCUCCAGGAACACAAGCAACACAACUUCAACGCCACCCCGCCCUCACCAGAAUUGCCGGGCUGCGCAGCCUCACCCAACCGGCCAUGGCUUCUCCGCCGCACAUGCCGUCGUUCACGAUGCCCAAAAAGCGCGGCAGCAUCUCGUCGCUGUCGUCGGCGCAAACCAAGAAGCGCAAGCCGUCACAGCUCCGCAACGCUUUUUCGCCGGAGACGGAAGGCGUCGGGUCGCCAGCGCGGUUCUCGCGCUCGCCAUCACUCGACAGCAUCGCCACCACGUCGGUCGUCAACGGGGCAGGCGGCAAGACGAAGAAGCGGAAGAAGAACGCGGACGAUUCGAGCAUCGCAGGGUCCAGCAUGCGCGGCGGCAAAGGCGACACGCGCAGCGCGCUGAACGGGGACGGCGACGCAGACGGCAACGCACAGGACGAGGAGGAAGACGACGACGACAUGAUGGACGACGACAUGGACACGGCGCUCGAAGGCGGGCAGUCGAUGGCGGACCGCAAGAACCUCGAGAAAGAGCACGAGCGCGUCCUCAUGGAGUACAUGACGCCCUCGCAAGCCGACCGCUACGCAACAUACCGCCGCAUCCGCCUCAAGCGCGAGACGGUCCGCAAGCUCGUCAACCAGACGCUCUCGCAGUCGGUGCCCCAGCCCGUCAUCAUCGCAGUCACAUCGUACACCAAGUCGUUCAUGGGCGAGAUGAUUGACCGGGCGCUCACGGUGCGCGACGAGUGGGCGGCGUCGCGCACGCACUUGCCCAACGCGGCGCUGCCGCCACCCGUGCUCGCGCAGUCGCUCGGGCGGCCGUCAGCGCACAUCAAAGACGCGCGCAACAAGCCGACCAACGCGGACAUUCAAAGCGCGGGCCUGUACUUCAACCAGGUCGACCGGGCAGAGCCGAUCUGGACGGAAAUCGCAAAGGACGCGGGCUUGCAGGAGCGGCUGAGGCAGUGCGACAAGGGCCCGCUGACGCCUGGACAUCUCCGGGAGGCGCUGAGGCGGUACAAGAAGGACCGCGAUGGCGGGGGCGCGGGGUUUGCGGGGAUGAGUCUGGAGGGGGUGGAGAGGACGGCAGCGAGGACGGGCGGGAAGAGGCUGUUUCGGUGAACGUGGAUGGUUAUGCAUAGCGAAGGCGUUGGGGAACGGUGUCUAGGUCCGCGGCAUCUUCAUCACGGUGCCAGUUGGCCCCGUCAGAAUGGAGAUGAAACACGAUGAAUACAGCACUGGGAGAUGAUGAAAUAGUACUGUUCAUCUUCUCGUUUAGCUCUUUCGCAUCGACGUCUACAGAGU